UUGUGUCAGACGCACAUAUUGCUAUCAGGAAAGAAUUAAGAUACUAUAUUGGACAACAGGAGUUAUCCAGAAUAUAAGCAACGACGAUUGCAACGACGUUGUUGAUCGCACUUCGCUUCGCAUUCUCGGUCCUCUCUUCCGAGACAGCGGAUUGUGUCAGACGCACGUAUUGCUAUCAGGAAAGAAUUAAGAUACUAUAUUGGACAACAGGAGUUAUCCAGAAUAUAAGCAACGACGAUUGCAACGACGUUGUUGAUCGCACUCAGUUUCGCAUUCCUGAUCCUCUCUUCCGAAACGGUGGAUUGUGUCCGACGCACGUAUUGCUAUCAGGAAAGAAGAUACUAUAUAUUGGACAGGACAGGAGUUAUUCAGAAAAUAAGGCAAGUGCAUAGUCUAUAUUUUUUACUAAAUAAUUUUCAUUUAUAUUAAAACACAACAAUAUAUAUAUAAUUAUGCCGAAGCGCAAAUAUCCGUCGCGUAUUUCAACGAGAUAUCGCCGUAGAUUAAUUCGAGAAGAGAGUGAUGAAUUAUUUCCGCUUAUAUGUAAUAAUGAAGAACCUAGAACCAAUUCGCGUGUAAUUAAAAAUAAUUCCGUAUUGAAUAAUGACAAUGAUGAAAUUCUACACGCCAAUUUUAAUAACGCUCUUUCCGCAUUUGUACAAGAGACAACGAAUUUAUCAUUUUCCGAGGAAACGAACAUUUUCGAAUCUGAUACUUCCUUGAACAAUACAUUAGUACGAACUUUUAUAAUAGAGGAUGAUAAUAAUAAUAAUUUAGAAAAAGAAAACAAUGAUUUUGAGGCAUUUUUAAUACAAUGGGCUAUCACGCAUCAUAUUUCUCAUGUAGCUUUAUCACAUUUAUUGUCUGGUUUGAAAAAAGUACAUCCAAUUUUUUUUAAUUUGCCAAAAUGUGCAAAGACAUUAUUACGUACACCACGAUCUUCUGUUAUUACUGAUAUGUUUCCUGGUCAAUAUUGUCAUAUCGGUAUUGAAUACGGUAUUCUACAAUUUUUAUCUGCAAGUAAUGGUAUGAAUAAUAGUACAGUUUUAUCUUCUAUUAAAAUUCAAAUCGGUAUUGAUGGUUUGCCGAUAUCUCGAUCUAACUCGAAUCAAUUAUGGCCCAUUUUAGGUCGAAUUAUGCCUCAUAGAAAAGUAUUUCUUAUUGGUUGCUAUUUUGGUAAAACCAAGCCCGCGGAUGCAAAUGAAUUUUUAAAACAAUUUGUAAAAGAUAUAAAUGUUUUGAUUGAUAAAGGCGUAACUUAUAAUAAAACAACAUUUCCAGUUUCAAUACACUCUAUAAUAUGUGAUGCUCCUGCAAAAUCAUUCAUAACACUUACUAAAGGACAUACUGGUUAUUUUAGCUGUUCAAAAUGUACAAUUGAAGGUGAAUUUAUCGCUAACAGAAUUUGUUUUCCCGGUUUUGAUUGGCAAAAAAGAACAGACGUGAGUUUUCGUAAUCAAAUUCAAGAAGAAUAUCAUCUCGGUCGUUCUAUUUUAUUAAACAUUUCAAAUUUUGACAUUGUAUCUCAAAUUCCAUUAGAUUACAUGUACUUGAUAUGCAUUGGCAUUGUUAAGAAAUUAAUAAAAUUAUGGAUAAGUGGUCCUCUUAAAUCUAGAUGUUUAUCAUCGCAACGAAUAAAAAGAAGAUGUCAGAUCGAGGAUUCAUCGUGGUUGAAUUUUCCGAUGGUAUUCAAGUAA